CUUCGACCUCAACAUCCCUCCCUUCCCAUCCUUUCCCUCGCCUAGCCCUCGCACUCUCUCCCCGCAAAGGCGACGAAGAGCUCACCUCCGGCGAGAGCUCGGUCUCGAGCUGCCCCACAGAGAGCCCGGUUCAGGCGUCCGACGGCCAUCUAGCCAUGAUUCGCCCAGCCCAUACCUGUUGGCAAGCUAGCUGCUCGCCCCAUCCUCAAGCAGCUGUCCCAGAUCCUGGCUUGACCAGUUUGGUGCCUGGUCGGACUCAAGCAGGUAUCGAACAACUUGGCUGCCGACAUGGUGUGAUUGCCAUCUGCCGGUUCUGUUGGAGCUGCUGCCAGCUUGUAUGAAGAGCCCGCGCAUCCCCUGAUCGCUUCCAGACACUAACAAAAGUCACAUCAUGUCCAAGGACGGAGUACAUACCAGCUUAUCGCCUCCAACUCCAAAGUGCUCCUCGUCGUCUUCCCCAACUUUGCGGAGAUGUGGUCUUGUGGGGCAGUCAGGGAGGGUGUCAUUGGGAUUGAACAGCAGCAGCCCGUAUCGGAUUUGGAAGGUCCAGAUUCAGAUGACUAUUCUUGGGAGUGACAAUCCUGCGCCAUGCGCUCCUGGUCGGCAUGUACCCCAAUCUCGCUAAAGGACCUACCGAUGGGUGAUAUUGCACUUUUGACUAUGUCCUUCCCCUUGGGGUAGAGGGGAUGCCAUCAAACUGCCGUUGCUUGGAGAAGCCCUGGACUUCCACAAGCUGUUUCCAGAGGACGCAUCCAGACCCGUUGCAGAAGCUGGCAUAAAGGCUGCAACCCAUCAUGAAUCACCAGAACAGUCAGCCAGAGACCUCUUGACUAUUCCGCGAACUCUCGAAAUGGGUGCAGGAAACAGAUACAACUUUCUCGUCGUCUUCUUUGUGACCUUCGGGUCCUUGACUUAUGGGUACAAUUCGGCGAUCAUUGGCGCCGUCAUUGGCCUGCCGUCCUUCUUCCAAUACUUCAACAUCGACAUCAAGUCAAGCGGUGGCUCCCGAAUCACUGGAGCAACCAAUGGACUCUUCGCCGGAGGUGGGUUCAUAGGCUGCUAUCUCAUUACAUGGCUGGCCGACAGGGUGGGCAGGAAGAGGUCCAUACAAGUCACUGCCUGCAUUUGUAUCGUUGCGGGUGCUCUCCAGGCUGGAUCCGUCCACAUUGCCAUGUUCUUGGUUGCUCGCUUCAUGAUGGGCUUGGGCGUCGGCAUGGUCAAUGUCAUCACACCUCUCUAUCAAUCAGAAGUUUCCCCUGCCCACUCACGUGGGAGAAUGGUAGGCAGUCAUGGGUUUAUUUUGUGCGUUGGAUACGGGCUAGCCGGAUGGACGGGCUACGGCUGCUAUUUCUUGAAGAACCAGGUGGCUCAGUGGCGUCUUUGCCUCGCCCUUCAAAUCGUUCCGCCGCUAUGCCUAUUGGUCGGCUCUCCGUGGCUUCCUGAGUCGCCUCGAUAUCUGGUUGCAAACGACAUGCAAGAGCAAGGCUUCGAGAUCCUCAAACGAUUGCAUCACCACCCUGAAGAUGAGGACGACACUAUUGCCCGAGAAGAGCUAUAUCAAAUCCGUCAACAGCUAGACCUGGAGAAGCGCGAAGGUUGGAGACAAGGCUGGGUCAAAGGCUGGGUUCUCUUGUUUUCGAGAAAGUCUUACCGAAAACGCUUGCUCUUUGGCUUUCUCCUCCUGGGCCUGGUCCAGAGCACAGGAUGCCUGGUCAUCAACAACUAUCAAGUGCUUCUUUACAACGGCCUCAGUCUAUACGGGGCAAUGCCUCUGAUGCUGUACGCACUCUGGGACACUUGGGCCGCUUUCAUGAACUUCAUCAACGCACUCUUACUAGACAAAGUCGGCCGCAUUCCAAUCAUGGUUGUUGGACAGAUUGGCUGUUCUAUCUCCGUUGCUGGGUUUACCGCUUGUCUUGCGAGAUACGGCGGGACCGACAAUCGAGUGGGGAAUGGAUUCGGCGUCUUCUUCCUCUACCUAUUUGUGACUUUCUUCGGCGGCUCAAUGGACGCCUCAUCCUACGUUUACUCUUCCGAGAUCUUCCCAACUUCAAUCCGCGCCCAAGGCGCCGGGUUCAGUGUCUCUGGUUUGUUUGCCUUCAGCUUGAUCUACACCAUGUGCGCUCCUGUCGCAUUCAACAACAUCGGCUGGAAAUACUACCUCAUUUUCAUCAUCGUCCCGUUGUUUGGAGCCACGAUCAUGGCGCUGUUCUACCCUGAGACCAAAGGACUAGCCCUUGAAGAAGUCGGGAAGAAAUUCGGGGAUGAGGUCGCCAUCGAUCUCACCCAUCUCUCCGCUGAAGAGAGAGCCAAGCUUGAUAAGACUUUGGUGAAUGCUGAAGUUGUCGAGAUGGAGAUCAAGGCUUGAAAAAGGCGGAAUGUGUUAACGCAACAACGGACUGGACUGCAGUGCCUCCAAAAUCGGGGUGGGGGAAUGUAGUUGUCCUCAGUUUCUGUCCUCAAUCUGACCAUGGAUUGCCAAGACACAUUCGAUUGAUGUGGGAGCAGUGAACUACGAGAGGCUUUGCUCCUGUUUAAUAGAGCUAUCGCUCAAAAUCAAAAGGUGCAAAGCCACUGCUCGCCAGAGCAAAAUCUGUCUCCAUUGCGAGAUGGGACUGCCACUACACUAAUAUUAAACAACGCUGUCUUAUAUGUAUGGACUCUCUCUCUCUCACCAAACCAAUUUAUUCCUUCG